GCAUGUUCCCGCAUUCAGUCAGGCUUUUGAAGCAAUUUCUAGUUUUUAUUUUAAUUUCUGCAGUAAUUAUUCAGUAGUUAUAAUAGUCUUAGGUCAUCUUCGCAUUAAUUUUGUGUGUGAAAACACGUAAAUAUCAUCAGUACGUCAAAAUAUUGCUCCUGUAUAGUUGUUUGUUACAAUAACUAUAUAGCCCACGUAUUUAUGAGCGAUCGCAAUGUGGGAAAUUUUCGUUUACUCCAUAAUAGCAACUUGUAUCGCUUUUGUCCGUGGCGGAUGUCCACCAGCCGGAUAUUCGUUGUGCAAUUGUACGGAAGUCAGAACCAGUGAACUGGUGGUAUCAUGCGAUGGGCUAAAUUACCCACAGGAUAUUAAGUAUCAGCUAGAAGGAAUUCCUAUCGAGGAGAUCACCGAACUGGCUAUUUUACGAUCAAAAGAUCUUCGGGGAAUGCGGCCAGAUUUUUUUAAAGGAUAUAAAAAACUGGAGAGGCUUUCCUUGGCUGCGAAUCCGAAUAGCAACCUGGUGAUGCCGGUCGGAUUGUUCGAUACUAUAGGCAGUACUCUCGAAGCGCUGGAUUUAUCCACCAGUAAUCAAACCGAACAGAUUCUGCCUCCGGAACUUCUUGCGCCUUUGGGGAAGCUCAAGCAUUUGGACCUGAGCAAUAACCAAAUUGCACAACUUCGUCCCUCCAUGUUUGAAAACCUAAAGAGCUUACAGGUUCUUGAUCUCAGCGACAACCAGGUAGCAGGUUUACCGGCUUAUGUUAUUGCCGAUUUAUUGGAUCUAAAGAUGCUGGAUCUCAGUAAUAAUCGGCUACAAGAGUUGCCUCUGGAUUUGUUUGACGAUACCCAAGAUAACCUGAAAAUCAUGGAUAUCGGUGGCAACAGGAUUUCAUCAUUAACAUCAACUCAUUUUACCAUGAUGCCAAAUUUAACUGUUCUUGACACCAGGAAAAAUCCAAUAAAUGCUCUUAGUAACGAUUUGUUUUCUGGAACUCCCAACCUUGCACGUAUUUGCUUUGAUGGAAUACAAGCUGCCGUUAUCCCCCCGCAUAUCUUCGAUAGCAUUCCUCUGGAAUCCCUGGAUCUGAGUGACCUUAGGAACGUCCGAGCUUUGCCAGAAUCGCUGUUAUCAAGGGCGGGCAAGACUUUGAAGGAACUUCACCUGGACGACAAUCCAAAAUUGCUGGAAAUUCCUGGCAAGUUUUUCCGAGGUCUGAGCGCACUGGAAAUUCUAGAUAUAUCCAACACCGGCAUUGAGCUGCUGCCCAAUUCCUUCUGGACUGAUCUUCCGGAAUUGAGAAAACUUAAACUUAGCAGCAAUCCAUGGUUAUUGUCCGUGCCUCCGCCCAAAUCAAUUUCGCCGCAGCUGAAAUAUGUGGAUGCUGCAAACUGUCCAAAAUUUCCAGUAUCGGUAAAAAACUGGGUAAAAGCUAACUUUGACACUACACCGCUCCUACUGGAUUUUCCUAUCAAUAUUUAUCGGUCAGUUAACAAAGAAAUACAACUGCGCCACAUCACUGCUGCCCCGCCUGCCACCACAGCGCCGCCGUUUGGGAAUAACAAUCCGAAUUCUAAACCUCAUCAUCAUAAGCCAAGACCCUCGUCUAACGACAAUAAUGGCGGAUCACAAUGGAGCGGUAAUGGCCAAAGCAACGGUAAACCAAACGGAAAUCAGUGGUCAAACAACAAUAACGGUGGCGCCAACGACUGGCAGUCCAAUUCUAAUUCUAACACCGACAACAACAAUAAUAACAACGGCAAUAAUGGUGGCGGAGGCUGGUUUAAUUUCUUCGGACGUUGAACGACGAAAUACACGCUUCUAAUCGUUCUGAUCAGAAUUUCUGGGCUAGCGUUAGCUAUGUCAGUGUUUUGUCAGACGUUAAGCAAGAGAAGAACACCAUUAAACCUCGGAAACUUUAAUAUAAAUAAAA